GUUAACCACAGAAGCCCAAAGUUCUCCCAUAACUAAUCUGAACCUGUGACCGUGUGCUCUGCUCUUAGGAGCUCUCACACUCCCUUUCCCUUCUAAGGAACGGGUGGCUGUGUGAGAACCAUGGAGCAGGGCAGCAGGCCCUUGGAGGACUUCCCUGUCAGCGUGUUUUCCGUCACUCCUUACACACCCAGUACGGCGGACAUCCAGGUGUCCGACGAUGACAAGGCAGGGGCCACCUUACUCUUCUCAGGCGUAUUCCUAGGACUGGUGGGGAUCACGUUCACCAUCAUAGGCUGGAUCAAAUACCAAGGGGUCUCCCACUUUGAAUGGACCCAGCUCCUCGGGCCCAUCCUGCUGUCGGUCGGGGUGACCUUCAUCCUGAUUGCUGUGUGCAAGUUCCAGAUGCUCUCCUGCCAGUUGUGCAAAGAGAGCGAGGAAAGGGUCCUUGACAUGGAGCAGGCGGCAGGAGGACAAUCGUUUGUUUUCACUGGUAUCAACCAGCCCAUCACCUUCCACGGGGCUACUGUGGUGCAGUAUAUCCCUCCCCCUUACGGCUCUCAAGAGCCCCUGGGGGUGAACACCACGUACCUGCAGCCUGUGGUGAACCCUUGCUGCCUCACACCACCACCUGGAGUGGUGGCCACUGCCACGCCAAGCCCUCCUCAGUACUACACCAUCUACCCUUCGGAGAACUCUGCCUUCGUCGACGACCAGGAUUACCCUGCCUUCGUGGAUGGCGGAGAUGACAGGUCCAGCCCUGAUGCUGAGCUGCUAGAAGAGACACAGCGGGGAGGUGAGGACUCUGCCGGCUUCUCUCCUCCCCCCUAUGAGGAGAUAUUCUCCCUCCCUCGAUAGACUAAUGCCGCUGCCGCCGAGGGAGUAGCGCUCAAGUCAUUGUUGCUGAUAAAUGAAGUGUUCUGUGCUGCAGCCUUCAGGAGGUAGACAGCAGAGCAGCCCUGGCAGCCUGACAGACACCAUUCCAGGGGGGUGGGAGGUGAAAUGUCUCAAAUUGGUAAAAAUUAGGCUGAGGAGGAUAAAUUACCUUCUGAUACAGCGAGGGAUUCCCCCACCGACAGUGCACCAACAGCAUGCCCACCAGCAGGAAUCUCAACUGUUUAUCCACAGCCGUGAGAGUGGGCUGGGAGGGAGGCAGGAAGAGAAAACUGUGGCUUUCCCAGGCUUUUCCUUCUCAGUUCCCAGGGGAGAUUUGCAUAUCCCAUCAGGUAUCCCUGAGGACUCUGGGUAUUUUAAAGGCUGCAAUAAACAAACAAAUAAAUGGA